UUAACUGGCUCAAAACAGAAGAAAACGCAAACCUGAUUUCCAUGUGUGCAGAAUAUUUCUAAUGCAUCUGAUCACGUGUGUGCUGCCAUGGCUUCCUGCUUAGCUUUUGUUUUGCUUGGCUAAACAUCGGGUCAUAACGACCAAAUGGUGGAAAAAAAGAGGAACGAGGAGGACAAAGAAAAGAGAGGGAGGAAAAAAACUGAAUGUCCCCGAGAGAAAGUGAGCCAUUUUAGGCAGCUAAGAGCACGUAUAAUGAGAAUUUUGAUUAAGUAAUAUUAUCCACUGUCAUCACUGAGAAUUACCCAGGAUAUAGGAUGCUCUGGUGUUGAUAUUCUUCUCCAAUUAACUCCAGCAUAAUAUGUGAAUCAUGAAAGGGGCAGUGUUAUGUAAAAUCGACUAUUUUGAAUGUGGCACGAGGUCAUAAUGGUGUUUUCUCUUCAGAAACAUAUAUGUGGUUUUGCCUUGAUUACUUCAUGCACGUUUGAGAAAUCCUUUAAUUUCCAGUAGCAACCAUUCAGCUGUGCAAAACGCCUGGGUGGACGUAGCCCCGCCUUCAAGGAUGAAGCUCCUCCUUCCAGCAAAGCAGCAGAACAGCUUCCUGCUGUCUGUGAAGAGUGCAUCUUCCAUCAAUGGUUUGCUUUAAAGCAAGCACGUGAGGAAAGAUUGAAUAAAUUGUGGACUUGGAUUUAAAAGGCACACAUUUAUCAUAUUGUCUUUAUUAUCUUUAAAAAACGAAACUAGCUAAUUAUUUUCACCUGAAAUGAAAAAUGUUGUGGCUGUCAAGCCACUGGAAGAUACACAUAUUGUUCUAAUGGUUAUUUAUAAAACCAAUAAGCUAAAUUUGUUUUAUUUAUCUAGAAAAACUGUUACAUUUCCCUACUUUCGUAGUGCAACUAAACAUAAAAAGAAAAAUUGUAAGAUAAUUCUUGGGGGAUUUUUUGCAAGUAAUUCCAUAAAAAGUACAGGAUUUGGUAAGGAAUUUUUCUUUUAAAAGCCAAUAGCCUUAUUCCUUUUUACUUCCAUAAUUAUUUUUAUUUACUUCUAACGUUAUUUUACCUUUAGUCCUUUUGGAUUGCUGUAUCUUAUCAAACUGACAUAUUGUUAAUUCAUUUAAAAAAUAUUUUCAGUUGUGGGAAAAACAAACUAUUCAAGUAAAUUGGAUGAAAUGUUGAUAUAAGCCCAGUUACAAAUCAGUUUUUCUUUUCACAAAUUGAGACAGUCGUGUUUAUGUGGCUGGCUGCUGUCCAUGGUGCUGUUGUAGCGUAAUGUUCCUCUCCGAGGCUGCAGAGGGCGCCAGAGCGCAAACAUUACUACAUCUCCCAGCAGAAGGAAAAACGACAUGUGAGCAGCAGCAGGAGGAAAAACAUGGCGAUACCCAUCAGGAUCUUCCCUGUCUGUCGCUGGGCAGGGCGGACAUUGUCCUCGCUGUCUGCGGGAUACAGGCGGGAAGUCAGUCUGUCAGCGAAAAGGCGCUUUAUAUGCACAUCAACGGGAAACCACCUUCAGUUCAGACUCGAUGAGCGUACGGCCCACAGCAGCCUGGACCUCUUCAAGAAAGACACAGGCAUCAUCUACCGCAUGCUGGGCCUCGACCCCUCCCAGGUCCAAGACGACCCCGAGCGUUUCCGAGAGUGGGCCGUUGUGUUGGGCGACAAAACGAUUAGCAGCGAACGACACUACUGGGAGGUCACGGUGAAAAAGUCCCAGGAGUUUCGUCUGGGGGUCGCGGAGGCGCGGAUGUCCAGAGACGAGUGUGUUGGUACCAGCAGCUCCUCCUGGGUGUUCGGCUAUGCUCAGAGGAAGUGGUUCGCCAUGACAGGCAGUAAGGUGGUUCCUGUUACUCUGGUGGGGAAGCCGGACCGAGUGGGGAUCCUGCUCGACUACGACGCCGGGUUCGUGGGGCUGGUGGACACUGAGAAGCCCAGAAUCAUUCACACACUCAGAGCUCGGUUCACAGCUCCUGUUUCCCCGGCGUUUGGGCUUUGGGACGGGGAAAUCCUCACACACUCUGGUCUGGAGGAGCCAGAAGGCUUGAAGUGAAGCUGGAUUAACCCAGAUGACUGCCAUGGAUAAUCAGGCAGCAUUUAUCAGUAUCCUACAUAAUUGCAAGACAAACAGCAAUAGGACUUUUUUUUUUCAAAUGAUGAUUGAUUACUGUGUAAUUCAGCAAAUCAUGACUUUGAAUAAUAUAAACUCAUUCUGUGUGUGUUUUCUACGUGUAAUGGAACAUUACCUCAGAGACUAAAUGAGGAAACAAAGAACGUGUGGUUAGAUUUGAGAAAUAUUUGCUGCCAAUUUUGUCUUAUAUAAUGCAUGCUGUGGUAUUCUCCACAAAUGUACUCCUUAAAACAUCACAGAACUUUUCUGUGUUCACAGUCAAACCAUGUAUUGUUUAAUAAAAUAACUUCAAUGAAA